CUGAUUGGCCCAGACUGCACGUGACGCUGAAGCCGGACGGAAGCAGGAGCGCCGUGAUAGCUCGGCACUGUUCGCUUAGUCUCGCGCGUGUCGCUGUUCGCAAUGCGCGGCUGUCAAAACGAGAAGAAAUUGCGGUUGAGGCAGAAAAUCGAAGCACGAUAGAUAAGGACGUUUUUUGGGGGGCCUAAAACAGAUCACGUGUAAUAUCAGUUGAUAAGGGUGUCAUAUUCUACGGCAAACACUGCGAAACAGACUGUUUUUUCUAGCGAACCCAUCCUGACCUGUUACGAAUCGUAUCGUGCGCGCGCGCGUGUGGGGAGGCGUGUGAUUGAAGUGUAUCAGCCGCGUCUUUGUGCAGCUGCAGCGCCACUGCUGCCAUGAGGAUCAACGAGGACACACUGCUGGAAGGGAAACGGGUGGUGUUAGUACCCUACAAUGCAGAACAUGUACCGAGGUAUCACGAAUGGAUGGCUUCGUCCGAGCUGCAGAAACUGACAGCCUCAGAGCCACUGACUCUAGAGCAGGAGUACGACAUGCAGAGGAGCUGGAGGGAGGACGACGACAAAUGCACAUUUAUUAUCUUGGACAAGAAGCGCUGGGCAGACCCGUUGGUGCAGGAGCAGGAGUGUAUGGUGGGGGAUGUGAACAUCUUCCUCACUGACCCCAGUGACCCCUCCCUGGCCGAGCUGGAGAUCAUGAUCGCGGAACCCGGUUACCGUGGCAAGGGACUUGGAAAGGAGGUGACUCAUAUGAUGAUAUGUUAUGGGGUCACUAAACUUGGAAUCCGGAAAUUUGAAGCUAAGAUUGGGAUGGACAACAAAAUUAGCAUUGCCAUGUUCAAGAAAUUUCAUUUUAAUGAGCUUUCAGCAAGUGAGGUCUUCCAGGAAGUAACCCUGGAGCUAACAGUGGACGAGACCUUGAGGAAACAGCUGCAGGGAGACAUGAGUCUCAUAAAGGAGAGAGAGUACUGCAAAGUUCGGGACAGCAGACAUGGAGCCAGCCAGCCACACACUGACACAGUAAACCCCUAGUAGUUUGAGAUGGGCAGCUUUACCACUUUGACAAGUUUCUGUGCCCUCAAGGCAACUACCUUGAGAAAACUUACAUAAAUGGAUGUUAAAUAUAUACACUGUAUAUACAUGAAUGCUUGCCCACAUUGGCAUGUUUGUCUUGGAAAAGAUUUUAG